GAGUAUUGCACAAUCGGAGGGGAAAGAGUGGUCCGGUGGUCAAGGUGAUUGGACUGCACAUUCCAUGGAUCGUAUCUUCUAACCGAUGGGUCUCCUCAAUGUAUCUUUUGUCUCCUACAAUCUGCAUCAUUUGCACGGUGAUUUUCAAGCAAGAUGCCCGACCCAGGAAUACUGGGGGUUGACCUCGCAUCUUGGCCUACCAACUCGUUCCCGGUGGAAACAGAGGGUGCCUGAUCGUCGGGGAGCACUCGCACCAUCCGGUUUUGAGGCAACUCCAUGUUUCCGAACUGAUAACAUCGCUGUGGAGGUCGAAGUGGGCACACUAUCUGGGGACAGCUGAUAGCAAGCCAAGCAACAAUUCUACACCCUAAAAAUCAGGUGCCUUGAGCCUCAAGUUUUAAGUAUUCGAAAAUGCAAGGUCAGUCCAAACAUUGCAAAGGACCAAGAGACUAUCCAGACCAAAAUGAUUGUCAAGUUGGAAGCCGAAGCAGGCCCGUCCAAGGAUCGAUGCGAGCCUGGCUCCGUCAAUAUUCCUGUCGCCAAAUGGCCGAAAACCGCGGUAUCAACGUCCGCUGACCCGGAUGCCGUUGCUACACAGGUCGUCGACGGCUUCAAUGCUGCCCUCAAAGCUGGGGACACAAAGGCCGUUGGCGAGCUAUUCUUAGAAGACGGCUACUGGCGAGAUCAUCUGGCCAACUCUUGGGAUCUUCGCACGAUCAAGGGCGGUCAGGACAUCACAGAUUACCUGGCAAAAGAAAACCGGAUAACAUCCGUCGAGUUGGACAAGAGCACAGCAGUCCGAUCACCGUCUUGGGCUCCAUUCGAUGGUGUGGGAGAGGUGAAGGGUGUACAAUUCUUUCUCAACUUCGAAUCUAAGGUCGGUUCAGGAACAGGAUUGGUCCGUCUAGCCGAGCAAGAUGGUCAAUGGAAGAUCUUCACUCUGUUCACAACGUUGCGCGAGAUCAAGGGUUCGGCAGAGAGGAUCAACGAGCACAGAACUAAAGGCGCCGAGCAUGGUGGAAAGCCAGGUCGGAAGAACUGGCAGGAGAGAAGAGAGGCGGAGCAACGGUUUGAGGGCAACGAGCCUACUGUUCUCGUCUUAGGAGCCGGCCAAGCCGGUCUUACAAUUGCCGCCCGUCUAAAGAUGCUCGGAGUUGACGCUUUGGUGGUUGACAGCGCGGAGAGCGUUGGCAGUAACUGGCGGAAACGCUAUAAGCAGUUGGUCCUUCAUGACCCGGUAUACUACGACCACCUACCAUACAUGAAUUUCCCUGCUAGCUGGCCAGUUUUCACGCCGAAAGAUAAGCUGGCCGACUUUUUCGAGGCUUAUGUCAAACUGCUUGAACUGAAUGUGUGGACUAGGACGACCUUGAAAUCCAGUUCCUGGGAUGAGCGAGAACGAAGAUGGACUGUUGAGCUGGAGAAAUCGGGCGAUGGGACAUCGGAGACUCGCACCUUUCACCCGAAACACAUUGUCCAAGCCACUGGCCAUUCCGGCAAAGCAAAUUUCCCACAGAUGAAGGGCUUGUCAAGCUUCAAGGGAGACAGGCUGUGCCAUUCAUCUGAGUUUAGCGGUGCAAAGACCGAAAGCGCCGGCAAAAAAGCCAUCAUCGUGGGGUCCUGCAACUCCGCCCACGACAUUGCCCAGGAUUUCUACGAAAAGGGCUACGACGUCACCAUGGUGCAAAGGUCAACGACCUGCGUGGUAUCAAGUCAAGCGAUUACAGAUAUCUCGCUGAAAGGACUAUACUGUGAGGGUGGACCACCUGUUGAAGACGCAGAUGUUAUGCUGCAUGGCUUCCCCAGCGAAGUUCUCAAGGCGCUGCAAGUCAAAGUCACUGACCUUUUGGCACAGUACGAUAAGGAGACCUUGGACGGAUUGAACAGAGUUGGGUUCAAGACGGACCGGGGACCAGAUGACGCCGGGUUGUUUCUGAAAUACUUCCAACGUGGUGGUGGGUAUUACAUUAACGUUGGCGCCUCGCAACUCAUCAUCGACGGCAAAAUCAAGAUCAAACAGGGACAAGAAAUUGAAGAGGUCCUUCCGAAUGGACUACGCUUUGCGGACGACUCGGUUCUCGAGGGGGAUGAGAUUAUUUUCGCGACUGGAUAUCAGAAUAUGAGGACUCAGGCUAGGGAGAUCUUUGGGGCAGAGGUGGCUGAUCGGGUGGGCGACAUCUGGGGAUUCGAUGCUGAAGGGGAAUUUCGAACGAUUUGGCAGAAGACGGGGCAUCCUGGGUUCUGGUUCAUGGGAGGGAAUCUCGCUCUGUGUCGAUACUAUUCAAGGAUGCUUGCGCUGCAGAUCAAGGCUCUGGAAUUGGGACUGGAUGAGAGUCAGUAG